CCAGUGUAGUCUAGAAUAUGGCAAGCUUUCUUCUUUCCAUCUUUCUUCUUCUUGUUUGCAGUCGUCCUGGAACAGAUUCAUUGAACCCAAUAAUCCCAUAAGGGAUUCAUAGACAUCGCUCUAGUGACGACUUCUAGACAUGACAAAACACUUGUUCGGCACCGAAUUGAAUAAAUUACUAAAAUUUCCGUGUCGAAUGCCACCUGCAGCAAUCUCUUCAUCGAUUUCUCUACCUUCCAAUAUCUCAAACAGACAUUAGUUUACUCCUUUGAUUUACCGAAAGAAAAUAUUACACGACAACAACGACCACAUUCAAAAUGACAACAAUUUCAGACGACGUACUUUUCCCCCUGACGGCAAUCUGGAACGAAAAGCAGCGGGAAGUUGAUCAUUGCCAGAAUGCCCUGGCCGAGCUUGAAGCCGCGCUCAACAAUACCCCACCGUACAUCCUUAAGCACCUUACUUGCCCAAAGGAACGCACUACUGCUUCCAUCAAGAUGACCGUCCUUGCGCUUCGGUAUAUGCGCGAGAUACCUGAAAUACCAUUUCAAUAUGCCCAUCUCGGGACGGCAAUGUUCGGCGGGCCUUUCCAAGCUCUGAAACUCAACGAUCAGGAGUUUACACAAAGGUUUGAGGAAUUGAAGGCCAGAGCCAAACUCCAAUAUGAUAUCGUCGUGAAUGAGGAUGAAGUGGAGGAGGAGGAGGAGGAGGAGGAGGGGGAGGAGGAGGAGGGGGAGGAGCAGGAGGGGGAGGAGCAGGAGGGGGAGGAGCAGGAGGGGGAGGAGCAGGAGGGGGAGGAGCAGGAGGGGGAGGAGCAGGAGGAGGUGGUGAAGGAGGAGGUGGUGAAGGAGGAGGAGGAUGCCAUAACUCCCACUAAACAGGAGACCAGUAGAAAUAGCCCCAACGCCAAUGUUCCCGGCGACUUAACAGCCGGCAACGUUGGUCCCCGUGGGCAGAGGCUUGCAUACCAGACUGAAGAGCCUCAAGAGGAUUUCAGCCUGCGGUACGUCACUUGCGGUGGCGGGUUCUCUCAGAUUCUUCCCAGGUCUCGCGGGCCUAUCACCGACAAGGUCCCCAAGAAAUAGGCGCUCCAAGCUAGGGGUAGUUACUGCCCACUCACUCACAGUUCCUACCUUCUUCCAGGGUUAUUCCGCGUUGCCUAUGGCGAGGCGAUAGUUUCUCGGACACUUACUAGGCCAGUAAGCUUACGGGAUCAGAGCCCUCAGACGCCCUCGAAGAUAAGCACAUACCCAGUGAUUUUAGCUAGUUUUAGGGGUUUGGCUUCUUUGUGCUUGAUAACUCUAGUUUAAAGGCGUGCAGUUUACCUAGUAGGUAGAUAGUUAACGAAAACAAUAUCCUCUCGGGUGGCGUACUGUUCGAUUACAUUGCUUGUGAAACAUAAUCCUAGCUUACCAGCUAGAUAUCUAGGUUGAAGUUCGUUGGUCAGUGCCUAGUUAGCUAGGGUACCGAAUGUAUCUGCUGUGCUUCGCUAUUUCCCCCUCCCUUUUCACUAUUGUGUGACUGAUAGCAUGGCAUCUAAGUAUGGUUGUGUCGUUGGUGGCAGAAGCUAGGGCUUAAGGCAAACUAACACAAGUACUCGCAUGUCUUGGCACCAGAAAAGACCAGACGACAAACGGCCGCGUAGUGUAGUGGUUAGCACGCAGGAUUUGUAAGUUCCCAAAAAAAAAAAAUGAAUUCCUCCCAAACGAAUUAUGAUCCUAACAGUUUA